CUUGAUUAUGGUUUACAUAGAUGGUUAGUCUGUCUGUCUCAGGGGCUGGGUUUCUCUUCUAUCCAAGAAGACGAAAAAAUCUUUGAGUUUCAAGCAUGACGAGACAAAGACACUGAGUGAACACUGACAAAUAAUGAUUUAAAAAAAAAAAACUUCCAGAACUUACCAUGGCCAUAAGGGAGCUCAAAGUUUGCCUUUUAGGGGACACUGGAGUUGGGAAAUCCAGUAUAGUUUGCAGAUUCGUUCAGGAUCAUUUUGAUCACAACAUAAGCCCCACGAUAGGAGCAUCAUUCCUGACGAAGACGGUGCCAUGUGGAAGUGAACUACACAAAUUCCUGAUCUGGGAUACAGCAGGACAGGAGCGGUUUCACUCAUUAGCUCCUAUGUACUACCGAGGAUCAGCUGCUGCUGUCAUUGUCUAUGACAUUACUAAACUGGACUCUUUCCAGACACUGAAGAAAUGGGUGAAGGAGCUGAAGGAGCACGGUCCAGAGGACAUUGUUGUAGCCAUAGCAGGGAACAAGAACGAUUUAGGAGACAUCAGGGAAGUGCCUAUGAAGGAAGCUAAGGAGUUUGCUGAAUCGAUUGCAGCUAUUUUCAUCGAGACUAGUGCCAGAAAUGCUGUCAAUGUUGAGGAGCUCUUUCAGAAAAUCAGUAAACAGAUUCCGCCCCUGGAAAAUCCUGAAGUGGACAGCAACGAGUCCUUUAAACUCACCCGGCAGCCUCCUCCGUCCGCCAGGAGAUGCUGUUAGUAUCAACAGUGUGGCUGAUGAAUUUACUUCCUUCAGCACCAGGGACCCCACCCGCACAGCACAUAGUCCACAAUGCACACAGUGUCUUACUCCAGGAAAAGACAAGAGACAGUGGACAGACAGAGGUCAGCUUGCCUGUGUGGUCAACUGCAACAUGAGACAGAAAAAACAUGAAAGUAUUGAUAGUAUUAGUAUUAAAUUGGUCAAUGCGCCAAUUUCAUCAAGCACAUUUUGUUCAUUUAAUUGUAGCAGUUUUAACUAUGACGGUGUCAGAAAGCAGAAAGCCUCCAGUUUGUCCCCCUCAGGUGGUGUUUUGCUGAAUUACAAAAAAAAGACUGUCUAUGUGGUAUGGUACAUAGCUCAUUACAAAGAGGCAUAACCCUGCAUUAAGUAGCAGUUUUAUCCCAUUAUCCUCAGUCACUUUCAAACAAAGCACAAAUUAAUAACAAGUCAUCUAGGUGAUCUAGCUAAUGUGCUUUAUAAAUCCAGGUUUUGGUUGUUAAUGCAAAUGCAUUUUCAGCUCGAGAGCCAACUGCUCUGUAGGUUUUCAUUGCACUGUGGCUUUUAAUGGCACACAUUAAAUGGACUUUAUCAGUAGUAGCAGCAGUAAUUUUUUUUUUUUUAUCAUGGCUAUAUUUUCCCUCUCAUGGAGCUUUUGUGUUCAUGUAUGUGUCACUCCUGUAUAGAAUUUCAUUAGAAUAUUUGAAAGGGUUUUUAAAAGGUUGUUAAGAUCGAACCUCAGACGAGCUUUCACUUCUACAGCUCAGAUGCAGCAGCUUUACAUUCCACUCUGUCAUGUGUUUUCACACAUAUUUGCUGUAUAAGGGUUUAACUGUAAUGCCGUAGAGUGAACAGCUUAGAGGCCUAAAUCAUAAAUUACAGUAUGACACCCCCUGUUGAAACACUGUGACCAAUGCUAGAAUUGUUUACAUAGUAAUUUGUUAAAGAUGUUUUCUACAUGCUGAAAUGUUUUGUCUGAAAUUUCACUACAGGGAAUGACUGUAUACUAAUGCCAAACAUGAGUUUUUCCAUGUAUUUUUACCUUAAAAAAAAGGUUACAUUUAUACCAUUAUGAGGAAAAAAGCAUGCAUGUAUUUUUCUCUAAUUUUAAAUAUGUUGAAAUGCUGUUAAAAUUCCAAACAGGUUGUGUUCUGUACACUAACCAAACUCUAAAGUAACAUAAGAAAGUAAGGAAAGGGUAGCAAUAAAUAUAGAUUAGCCCAGUGGUGUAAUUUGAGUAAUAUGAGUUUGUAUAGUGUUUGCUGCUGUUUCUGUGUCAGUAGUGCUUUUGGAUUUGACCACUUGAGAUUUUUAACAGCACUUUUUCACACAGCAUUCAUUUGAAGUCACUUUGUUUUGCAGUAGUUGUGCUCCACAACAGUAGUAUUGUGCGUGUUAAAUAGGAGGCCAACAUAGCCUCCUAUUUAACAUUAUACAUUUGACUUAAAUAACAUGUUUACAUUUGUACUUUUUUCAGUUAAAAAUGUACCAUUUACCCCUUUGAUGAACUAAUUGAGUUAAAGUCUCUGCUUUUCAUUUCAUUCAAAUCAUAUGACCACAAUCUUCCACUAAUCUGAAACUGAAAGGUGAAAUUGAAUUAUGAGCUGCUUGGUGAAUCAGAGGUACCAUUAUGUCAAAAUAACUGACAAAUUUAGGAUUGAUUUAAAAAAACGAAAAAACAAAAAAAAAACUUCACAAAGCUCAUUGUCAGUUCACUUCACAGUUUGGCAUGAUAUUACUUCCAUACAAGAGAAAAUGAGGAGUAAAUUAUGAGUUUUAUUAGUAUUACAUGUUACCAUUGUGAUGGAGAUUUUCAACAUGUGCUAUGUUCAUUGCUACAAAAGUGCCUUUUUAAUGUUUUUCUAAACAGAUGUAUAUGACAUGGCUAAAAGUGCAUACUGCUAGAAUAAUGCAUGAAUUACUGUUCUAAAUCAGUGCAGACUUUUUUUUUUUUUGCAUAACAUUCAGUUUCAAAACUGCCAAGUAUCUGCAGCCAUCCCUAUACUGUAUGCCUAAGUCAUGCUUUCCUGUAUCCUCUGUAGAACAAAUUAACUUUUGUAUAUUAAUCAGUGUAAUAAAGUAGUAAUUAUUCUA